AUGUAUGAGCAAUGUGUUAUUGAAACACAACAAUUAAUAACAAAUUCCAAAAAGAUAUGUGUUACUACAGAUUGCUGGACAUCUUCAAAUAUGGAGAGCUACAUGGGAAUAACUGUUCAUUAUUUGGAUGACGAUUUUAAAUUUAUAUCCCUACUACUAGAUUGUUCUAAUUUGCCUGUACAGCACACAUCUAUUAACCUGGCAAAAGAAUUAAAGAGAGUUUUUGUCGAAUGGAAGGUAGAAAACAAAAUUUUAAUGGUUGUUUCGGAUAAUGCAGCAAAUAUAAAGUGUGCCAUAAAAAAUGAUAUAAAAAUGAAACAUUUUGGAUGUUUUGCACACACGAUAAACCUCAUUGUGAACGAUGGCUUAAAGGAUGGGGAAAUCAUUAAAAUUUUAAACAAAAUAAAAAAUACUGUAAGCCACUUUAAAAAGAGUUCUACAGCAACUGCUAAACUUUUAGAUUAUCAAAAAAAUCAGGGAAUUGGCAAUCCUCUCAAAUUACUGCAAGAUGUUUCAACACGUUGGAAUUCAACAUUUUAUAUGUUGGAAAGAUUUAUUCACCUAGAAGAAACUGUAAAGGCUAUUACAGCUAUAACAAAUAUGGAUGCAAACAAUAGUUUGACAAUGUAUGAGUGGAAUGUUAUUAAACAACUAUGUCAAAUUUUAAGACCUUUUGAAAAAGUCACUAAAACUAUUUCAGGAGAAGGCUAUUUAACAGCUUCCCUUGUAAUCCCAUUGGUAAAUGGAUUAGUCUCUGUUUUUAAUGUAUUUAAAGAAAAGACGUUUGAAAGAGCAGUGCGUAAUGUUCUAAUCAAGUUAGACAAUUCCAUAGAGGAGAGACUAGAAAAUGAGGAAACAUCUGGAGAUCCGGACGAUAUAUGGGCAGAAUUUGAUAAGACUGCCUCACAGUAUCAACCACGAGGCACCACGACAAGCAGGGCAAUAAUCGAAAUGCAAAGAUUUAUGGAAUGCGAUCGGUUACCAAGAAAUGAAGAUCCUUUAAAAUGGUGGAGAGAAAAUAAAUAUAUUUUUCCACAUCUUGCAGAAGUAGCGCAAGAACGUCUUAGUGUCAUUGCAACAUCAGUGCCUUGCGAACGGUUAUUUUCCAAGGCAGGUCUAAUUAUUUCGGAUAAAAGAAGUCGACUUAAUCAUAAGAAAGCUAAAAUGUUGCUAUUCUUAAAUUCAAAUUUAAAAGUAACAAAUAGUAGUAGUAACUAA